AUGGUUGUAUGGAAUGCCAUGAUUUCUGGCAAUGCUCAGAAUGGGCAUGAAAAUGCAGCUCUUAGAAUAUUUCAAGAAAUGAGGCUAUCUGGAGUUAAGCCUACUCGACCAACCUAUGGAAGCGUUUUAAGUGUUUGUGCUCAUCUCAUAGAUCCGUUGCUUGGCCAACAAAUUCAUUCGGAAGUGAUUAAACUUGGUCUAGAUAAGAAUAUUUAUGUUGGUAGUGCACUCAUUACUGUUUAUUCCAGGUGCUCCGUUGUUGAGGAUGCUCAUGAAGAUUUUGUUGCAGUGGAUAAUAGAAAUAUUGUCCUCUGGAAUGCAGUUCUUGGAUGCUAUGCACAAAAUACCGAUCCUUCAAAAGCUGUGGAACUCUUUGCUUCUUUGUUGAGUUCUAGUUUCCAGCCAGAUGAGGUUACGUAUACUAGUAUUCUCAAUGCUUGUGCAUGUUUGUCCUUCACUGACUUGGCUAGGCAGUUGCACUGUGCAGGAAAUGCACUUAUUGACAUGUAUGGCAAAUUAGGAAAUAUAGAGGAUGCAAGACAGCAAUUUGAUCUUAUGAUGCUCAAAGAUACUAUUACGUGGAAUUCGAUGGAGGGUAGGUAUGUCCAAGGCAAUGAUGUGGAUGAGGCCAUUUUUUUAUUCUGCCAUAUGAUGUGGCAGGGCAUUAGCCCUGAUGAAGUUUCCUUUGCCUGUGCCCUCAUUAUUCUUGCCAGUUUAGAUGCGCUUGAAGCAGGCAAGCAAAUUCAUGCGUCUGCUACCAAGUCAGGAUUUGAACUUAAUUUAUAUGUAGGCAGUGCCUUUGUUGAUAUGUAA